GUUUCUCUCAACUGCUUGUGUUGUAUCUUGACACUCAACUAUACGCCAAUCUUCUUGCUCUGUCGCAAUCGAGACUGCUUCGUGGGCUGUCGCUAAUUGAUCUACUCUGCAGUCGAGUGCAGCUGGCCUCGCCUACUCUUCUAUUCUACUACUCUACAGAGUACAUCAAAGAGACAAGAUGUCUACUCCUACCUUGAUCAACUUGCCUCCUCCUCCUCCCUCCGGCUCCGUCACUCCAUCUGACAUGGGACCUGGCACCCCCAACUCAGGAACCACCUCCCUCUCCACGUUAUCCACCACCGCCAUCAAAGACGGUCACCAGGGCCAUCCCCAUCCCCACGGCCGCCAUGCGCAUCACUCCUCCUCCACCUCCCUCAGCUCCACCAACACCCUCGAGGCCGAGCGCGCAGACCGCAUCUCCCGCCUCGCCGGUCUCGAACGAGUCGCUACCGCUCGCGCCAGUCCCACCUCCCAGCCCGGCGGCUCAGGUCUCGCGACACAGAUCAUCCCGGGCUACUUCGACAGCCAGUACAACAACAGCAAAGAGCGAAGUACCGUGGGCAGCGCCAGCGCGACGACAGCCAGCGUCGGCGGACGCACGACCUGGGCUAGCGGAAGCGACUUCACCUUUGACGGCGAUAAGAUGAGCGAGGACCCUGAUGACGGUGCCUCGAGCGUAGGUAACAUCAGCGACGAGGGGAAUGCGAGUCUCGUUGGCUUCGGUGAGGGCGCGAGUACUGUUAGCGGACCGAUUUCGCGGCCGAACUUGAACCGGGUGUCAUCUGGUCGGCGCACGCCCAGUUCGUUGGGUAGUCCGACGACAGCGAGCCGGGCGAAUACGAUCGCGGCGUAUUUGCAGGGGCAGGCUGAUAGUCCUAUGAUGCCGUCGCCGUUGUCGCCGGCGGGAUCGUCGUCGAAUAUGCCGGAGCAGACGGGGGAGGAUGCGAGGAUGAUUGAUGGGAUGACUUAUGAUGCGGAUGUGGUUGAUACUACUGUUAAGACUCCGCGGUUGGCUACUCCGUACAAUGGUGAGGGUAGUUAAUCUUUUGAUUAUGUUCUAUUUCGGGUUCGGUUGGGUGUAUUUGUACUGGCGUCAUUAGGAGGAUUACUGUUUCUGUUAUGGUUAUUACGGUCUGUUUGUAAAUCGAGCUGAAUCAAUUUUAUUUACUUAAGUAUAGCA